AUCAUGGCCGCUCCAAACAGAUCUAAAACCUAAAUUCUCCUCUCUCUCUCUCGAGUAGACAAUCUCUUGCCGUCCUAUCGAAACCAUGUCUGACGUCUCCAACAGUAAGAAGACAUGUGUUUUCUGGGACGUCGUGGAUUGCCCGGUGCCUGAAGGUUACGGUGUUAGGGAUGUUUCGCAGAACAUUAGACAGACCCUUGAGAAAUCCGGUUACAACGGUGAGGUAUCCAUCAAUGCUUAUGUGAAUCAGACCAAUGAUGAUUUCAACGAGUAUGCUUCUACCGACCCGGGAUUCAAGAUCAUACUUGCUCCACAAGGAGAUAGAGUUGCUAGACUUGAGAUGCUUCUAGUGGACCUUCUAAUCUGGUCAAUUGAAAAUCGUUCACCUGCAAAUUAUAUGCUUAUCCUUGGGGACAUCUUCGUGGGAGAUGAUGAUGAUUACAGGGAGUUUGUCAAGGCAUUCGUCCGGUUGGAAUAUAGACAUUUCACAUGUCUCUUGGUACAGCCUCAAAAGUCAUUAGUCAUGAGAGAUUAUGCGGUAACAAAAUGGUGGCUUUGGAAAGACUUAUCAACUGGAGUUGCUGCCCAAUGCGAAAGUUCACAAGGUGUUGACAAUACUUGUAGUGCAAGUAGUUCAUAAGGUGUCUGUCUGUGCGUAGCCCUGAAGUCUAUCUAUGCAGAGAAAAAUUGUGGAGCUACUCAGGGUUAUUUCUUACUUUUGUUUCGAUGUCGGUCUCUUCUCGUCCUAGUUUCUCUUUCAUUUUAUUGCAUAAAAUCUCUGCUAUCCAAUAUCUCCCUCUCAAGAAAAUAUAUUUUCACAAUGGAAGAAAAUAUUGCAAGUGAAAGCAGAAUAAUAUAUUAAGUUCCCUUUUUUUUA